GGAUUGGAGGACCUGCCCCCUCCUCUGACCCUGUCGUUGUCUGUGAGGAUAAAGGGGCAGAGAGAGCAGGCUGGGCAAGAGCAGCCUGGACCUGCCAAGAUGCUCCAUCUGCUGGCGCUGGCCCUCCUGCUGAGCCUGGUCUCCGCAGCCCCUGCCCCAGGCCAGGCCCUGCAACGCGUGAGCAUCGUCGGGGGGAAGGAGGCCCCUGGGAGCAGGUGGCCCUGGCAGGUGAGCCUGAGAGUCAGAGACCAGUACUGGAAGCACUACUGCGGGGGCUCCCUGAUUCACCCCCAGUGGGUGCUGACCGCAGCCCACUGCAUUGGACCGGAACUCCAGGAGCCCUCAGACUUAAGGGUGCAGCUGCGGGAGCAGCACCUGUACUACCAGGACCGGCUGCUGCCCAUCAGCAGGGUCAUCCCCCACCCCCACUACUACGUGGUUGAGAAUGGGGCGGACAUCGCCCUGCUGCAGCUGGAGGAGCCCGUGAGGAUCUCCCGCCACGUCCAGCCAGUCACCCUGCCCCCUGCAUCGGAGACCUUCCCCCCAGGGUCGCAGUGCUGGGUGACGGGCUGGGGCGACGUGGACAAUGGAAGGCCCCUGCCGCCCCCAUACCCCCUGAAGCAGGUGAAGGUGCCCAUCGUGGAGAACAGUGUCUGUGACGGGAAGUACCACUCUGGCCUGUCCACGGACGACAGCGUACCCAUCGUGCAGGAGGAUAACUUGUGUGCUGGGGACGGCGGGAGGGACUCCUGCCAGGGUGACUCUGGAGGGCCCCUGGUCUGCAAGGUGAACGGCACCUGGCUGCAGGCAGGUGUGGUCAGCUGGGGCGAUGGCUGCGCAAACCCCGACUAUCCCGGCAUCUACACCCGCGUCACCUCCUACCUGGACUGGAUCCACCAGUACGUCCCUCAGGAGCCCUGAGCCUGGUCCCCAGGCUGCCCCCUGGGUCAGCGGAGGAGCCAGCUCCCUCUGUCCCCUCACCACUGCUUCCGGCCGAGGAGGCAAACUUCCCCCACAUUCUCCGGCCCCCUGCCCCAUUGCCCAUCCCCGAUGACCCCCCUCCCAGCGGACCCUUCUCUGCUGACCCCUCCCUGCCCUGAGCCCCUGCCCCAGCCCCCUCCCCGCUCAGCUCAGGGCGCCGGCAGGGGCUGCAGACACUCAUUAAAGAGCAUGGAGAGCAGA